GACCCCUGGUCCCAGGUGCGAGUCAUCAACAGACCAGCAGGCUUACAGACUCAGCCAGCCAGUAACACGCUGUCCUUCGCCCCGGCCCAGCUACAGAUCCAGUACCUGCAGCAGCAGACCGCGACCGGAGCCUUGGGCCAACCUGUACAAGUGAUGGGCUCCAACAACCAGCUGCUGAUGACUCCGGUGGUGGCGGGCCAGAACCCUGUGCCCACACUGCUACAGAACGCGACGGGCGUAUUCCCCAUGGCGCGCCCCGCCCAGCAGACGCAGCAGCCCCAGCCCGGGAUGGGUCAGUUCAUCAUACAGGGCUCGUCCAUGACCACUUUCAGGGGCUUACCUCCGCAGAUGUAGACUACGGUACCGCCGUCUUUGGUCAAAGAUCGUACAUAACAAGAGUACAUGACAAGAUAAUUCUCUCGGCCAGAGAUCGUACAUUACAUAGCAAGAUGGUUCACUCAGUCAAAGAUCGUACAUUACAUAACAAGGUAGUUCACUCAGCCAAAGAUCGUACAUAGCUAGAUAGUUCACUCCUCUCUUUGAACCAUUUUUUAAAAAGAUGUCCUCAAAAUUCGGUGUCGCCCUCUUCGAAAAAAUGCGGACUUUGCUAUCAGAGUUGGCCUACUUGUGUGAAAAAAACUAUUUAAGUGAAACUAACUAUGCUAUUCCUAUUCUUCUUCUUGAGAAACGAAAAA